AUGCCCCCGAUAAGGGCUUGUGAUGUGUGUUUCAAAAGAAAGAUAGAAUGCUGCCGACCUGGCCCUAGCCUACCCUGCAAUUGGUGCAGUCAUCAAAAGUUGGCAUGCACCGUUACUAGAGAAAAGCGAACGGCUUCAGUGAACAGGAUUAAGCGCGUAGACGCAAACAAGUUGCUGGAUCGAAUUAAGCAUCUUGAAGAUGCCCUCGCCCAGGCCAACGCAUUUCAACAUUUACGUGCAGGCGAAAGACCAAGAGGCCAUGGAGACUUAAGACUAUCGAACAUUGCCGAGGACAACUUUUCUGAGAUACAGCUGGCUGAGAAAUACUCGAGAGAGCAAACUUUUCGAGAUUCAGCCCCUGCAGGACAAUACAGCCCAUCUCUCGAAGAUGAUACCCAUGCACAUAUUGUUUCUAUAACUCGUCUCUUUAGACGGAACUGGUAUCAUAGAGGAUUGCCAAUCAUCUCCGAAAAUGGCCUAGAUUGGAUUGCUUCCAGGACUGACCAGGAUACGACAUCAUUAAAGUCUUAUUUACCCAGAGAUGGUUCUGGGCAACCGAGCUGGAGCUUUUCAGCUCUUCAGGUACACGCUCCCAUUGGAGAACUAUGGGAUCUGCCUGAUAGAGACUUGGUGCACAAGUCCUUUGGAUCUCUUUCAAAUUCUUACUCUCAAAUAUUUCUUCCUCUUCUCGAUCAGAUGCUAUUUGAAGAUACGAUAAACACGGCCUACCAAUUGUUUCAAGGGGUACACGCUUCUCACACUCAUGUGGCAGCACGAGCGUGCCUUUGGGCGGCCUUUGCCGUCUUGGCCCAUUUGCGAGUUUCUGAGCAUUUCUCUGCGACUCUUAGUAGCGAGAUGUGCGCAGCGAGGGCGCAGUGGUUUCUGGGUCUCCUCAAUGGACCUGCAGAUUUGCCUACUCUUCAAACAUUAAUGCUGUUGUACAGCAGUGGUGAAGCGCUGCAUUCAACGGCCUGCCGGAUGGUAUGUGAACUUGAUGGUCACUUACAACAUCCGAUGGAUCGUAAGGAUCCUCAUCUUGGCCCCCCACGAGACCAUAUACGGAAGCUAUUCUGGAUGUGCUAUAUAUCCGACAAGGACAGAGCCCUCCUAUCUGGCCUACCGCCUAUCCUCGCCAAUGAGUACUGUGAUCUUGGCGUGCUCGACAACGAAUACUUGAACCAUGAUAAAUUUCUACAAUCAUCUAGUGCUACUGCUGAUAUCGAUAAUAUCGGCACCAUUGCUUGGAAUAGAGUGAUCCCAUUUCUACCAGGCGACCCGCACCUUGGAAUUUUGAAGGAGAGAAUAUUUCGGCUACUUUACUCGCCUUCUGCGCUGAAAAUCAUCGAUAGUGAGCUGCUCACUCGCAUUCGCCAGCUAGAUGACGAGCUUGAGAGCUGGCGAUUGUCUGUUCCCCUAGCCCUCCGCCCCAAGCUAUCAAUCCCUUCAGGACACAGUGUACCGCCUACUCUCAACUUUCUGAGUUAUUUGAGAUCAGUCCAGUUACAAUUGGAAUAUCACUACCUUCUUACCAUUAUUCAUACGCCAGUCAGAAGAUUUGGAGCUGCUCAAGGCGCAGAGACUAGUCCACCCGAAGACCUUCACAGCGCGAUGCAUUCAAGUAUCGACUUAUCCCUGGAAGCCAGCCGCUCUACUCUAAAUCUACUGAAUGAACCAAUAGCGAUGCUCAAACAAAAAAGCUUCUGGCAUGCCGUCGUCUACCCACUUGUAGCUGCAAUGUCGCUAUUCGUCAAUAUACUAAUACACCCUGUUGGUGCUCAAGCGGCAGCUGACGUAGAAUCGCUUGCUUUGGCUUCAAAGGUAGUCAACAGGCUACGAACCCAAACCGUUGCGGAUUACGAAGCCAAGCACAAUGAGCAGGCAGGCAAAUUCGUAACAGAACUGUUGAGGCUGGCAAACGGCGCUAUUUUAAAAGCAAACGGAGCUUCAGCGCUGGAUAGGUCACUCGCUGAAUAA